UUUUUUUUUUUUUUGUGUGUGUGUGUGUGUGUGAUAUAGACCUUAGCUUCAUUCUUUUCUGACUUUUGACAUUAACAGCUGGUGAUCGGGACUAUACACACUGAUAUUGCAAAACACUAAAGUGGUGUGAAUGGGUUCAUCUCGAUUCUUGAAGGAUACUCUCACCUUCGCUAAUGUUUCUUUUGAGUUUUGACGAAAGUGAUGAAGCAGUACAUGGUGAUUCCUGUCGAAGUCAAGGAUUGAAUCACAUGUAUUUCUUAUGACCUGCUUUAAUUUGGUCCUCCGAAGCCUCAACUACUAAAACUUGUGGUGAACCAAUUGAAAACAUACUGAUGAGAAGUGAUGUGCGAGGGGUGGUGUGCACACACUAGCCUUUUAGUCUAGUCGUUUUUUUUAAAAAAAAAAUACCCCAACCACCUUUCUCUUCGUUUGUUCCUUCAUCUUCAUUUUCAAGUCACUUGCUCUACCAAGCUAGGACAAGUGAAUGAAGGAACAAAAGUUGCACAAAUGAUGGUUGAGAAGAGUAGACGGAACGGGACCCAACCCAACCUAUCAUUCUCCACUAGAAAGCACGGGUUACUGCACCCAUGACCUGUAGGUGGUGAUGCAAGAUACUUGCAGAUAAAAGAGGUUGUACUACAUAUAUAUAUGAGGUGACCCGGGUACGCCUCAAUCUGGCCGGGAAGAACAGCUCCAAGGAAGAAAAGCAGGCGGUAGAGUGCUAGACCGGCCGUCCUCCUCUGCAGCCACCAAAUCCUCCUCUGCAACGAACAUGGCAGCAGGCCCGGUGUACAGCAUCACAAGAACGGAGAUCGACGAGUUCUGGAGGAGGAAGGAGGUGGAAGCAGAGGAGCGGCGACUCGCUGCCGAGAAGGAGGCUGCAAGAAUCAAGGCCAAGACACUCAAGAUAGAAGAUUACGUGCUCUUCGAGCAAAUGAUCAGGGAGAUUCUCAAAGAGGGGAGCAAAGAAGACGGAGCAACCAUGGCGCCAGCUACCACCGGUGGCACUGAGGCACGGAUCAUUGGCAUCAAACACUGGUGGACAAGAAGUGCUUAUGCUUAUCUGAAUUCACCUACCUCGUCCAUGGAUGGGAAUGGCAGAAGCAAGCAUGUUGGCCCAUAUGUUCCGCAGGAGAGAUGUACCAUGUUCUUCUCAUCAACUCCAUGCCAGGCAAAUGUCAAUGCUCGUGCAGUCUUUUAGGUGUUCCCGCCAAACCAAGGAUAAGCUGGGACCUGGGGAAAUCAGGAAAUGUGGAUGUGAUAUUCAUGUGUUUGUUAUAAUUUGGGUUGAAUAAGCUGAAACUUAUUUCCCAUAUGGAAUUUAACUGUAUAUCUAUCUUCUAGUACUGCUUGAGAGAUCAAGUAAUAAGUAUGGAUAACCAUGUUGCUUCACGUAUGAAGCAAGAUACUAAUGAGAAAUUGUCAUUACAACAUUGCUUGCGACUAA